ACGGGACAGCACCCAUACUCCACCAGGGAUGCUCCAGAGCCUCCUGGAUGCGGUAAGUUUGGGUUUCCUUCUUUAUUUCUUGCAUCUUCCUUUUUACUUAAAAAUCCUCUUUGAAAAUCACACCAGAAGGCUGUGUCAUUGGCAACAGCUUCUGGUUAACGUUUUUUCCCCCUAUUUCCUUUUUAAUGUACAUCUUAAAUCUUCUCUAUAUUACUCAAAAGAUCAUUUUCUGUGACCAAACAGCAUAACAAGGACUCUCCCCCCAUCCCCUCCUGCUUUCCCCCAGCCGGGAUUGCAUCGUCCCCCAUUGCCCCCCAUUCUGCUCCAUCCCACCCCCCUGUGCCCAUUUUCCUGCUGCCAGACAUUGGAUUCAGCGGCGUGAGCACCUCCCAUCUCCUCUGGGUGCUUGUUUUGGGGUAUCAUUUAAAUCCAUGCAGGGGAUGGGACUGGGGAUGGGGAUGGGGAUAGGGAUAGGGAUGAGGAUGAAGACAGAGAUGGAGAGGAGUGCAACCACUGAGCAUCCCUGUGAGUCAGUCAAGGGAAAAGCCUGCAGCCCCUGCAGCUCAGUGCUUUGCACGUGACAGCAGAGCUGUCCGUGGCAGCAGGAAAACAACUCGCACCUUCCCCAGGGCUGCAUGGCACGGGCACUGCGGGUCACCCACACUCCCGGAGGGGUUUCUUCUCCCUCAUCUCCAUCACAGGGAUUUGGGUGUUCCCUUCUGUUCACUCCCAGCUGCACACUGUGGGAGUGAGCAGUGUUAUCCCCUCGUUUUCCCUCUCCAAAAGCUGCAUUUGGGGCGACGGUCCCAGAGAGAUGUGCACAGGGCAGCAAAACCCACAUCUGCCGGCACCAUCCCACGAGGACCCCAUGCACGCUGCCCACCUCAUCACGCCAUCGCAGCUCUGCCCCCUCCCAUCCCUUUUUCCUCCAUCCCUUUAUUCCAGCGGCCCUUCUCCCCAUCCCGCUGUCAGAGAUGGGGUGGGGGCGGCCGGGGCCCCUCGGUGCCGUCCCCGUGCCCGGCGGUGCCCCCAGCAGCUGCUCGGCGCCGCGGGUGAACCGCCCUCCGCCUCGCUCUAAGAUGGCCGGCGGCCCCAAAAUGGUGCUGAGCAUGAGACGCCAUCUGCAAGGCUGGUCCCACGCCCGCCGUGGCCUUUUUAUGCAAAGGGGAAUUAAUUAGAUUUGAAUAUGGUAAUUAAGCCAUCAAGCCCGCCGGUGCUACGAGGUCCCUUCUUUUCUUCGGGCUUUCUUCUCUCCCCUCUCUCCCGCCGCCCCUUAACCCUUCCCCCUCCUUGGUGCACCCACAGCACCGCUCGUGCAUCCUAAUGAAACGCCGCCGCCGGGAUGUGCCCUCACCACCCCAUUCCCAGGGCUCUGUCUGUCCUCGGGGCUCCAUCCGUCCGUCCAUCCCUACGGGUUGAGCGCAACGGCUGCGCAUCCCUCCCCAAAAAUCCCCGUGCUCGCAUAGGGAUGGCCGCCCAAAAGCGGGCAAUGCGGCGCUUUGGGGUUUCAGUGGGCGAUGGGUGCGGUGGGAAACUGUUCCCAAAUCCAUUCCCCCAAUGCUGGGCUGUGUUUUAAGCCCUUCGGAUCCUUAAGGUGCUCUCGAGUGGUUUUUCUUCUCCGCGCAUUGUCUCUGGGCCGUGGGGUGCUGCUGGUACCCAACUGCUGUGCGCCGGGAUUUCCACCCCAUAUUUUGUGCUUUGAAGGAAAAAUAGUAUUAAAUGGAAUGUGCCCCUGACGUCUGCAUCCAGGAAAUCAUCCUUAUGUUUUAAACUGGGAAUUAAAGGUUUUCCCAUCCCUGUGUUCUUUGCUUGCAGCCCUGCAUACAGCUUUCCCCGAGCCGGGCGAUGGGAACGCAGCAGACAGGGAUCUGAGCAGGGAAAAAAAUCCCAGGGAUAUUUUUCUGCAGAUAUUCAUCUCCAUCAGGAAAAAAAAAUAUGUAUAUAUAUCUUUUUUCUUCUCCUUUUCUUGCUCAGGAAGGAAAAAGAAAGAAAUGGGGAAAAAGAAAAGACACCUCCGGGCGCUUUGUGAAUGGGAAAACUUGGAUGGAGAGCUCUUAAAAAUAGGGGUCUUUGGAGUGGGGCCAUUUUUGGUGAAACUUUUAAUUGUGUUGGCAAGCUGCUUCCCAUCUGAAACAAGGACAAACCCGAGAUUGCACACGUAUAUAUGCGUUACGUGUACAGAUAUGGGGUGCCAUCCUGCACACAUGCAUUCUGUCUGUAUAUACGUGCAGUGCACAGUGUGAGCCCCCUGCCCAGGCUGCUCGGGUUGGAGCCCUUCUGCUGCUCCUGAGGACUCCGUUUACGCAGAGCAGAAGGGCCACAGUGCAGAGAUGGGGCAGAACUCAUCUAUUUGAGGCUAUGCUUCGACUUUUCAGCUCUUCGCCCUCGGGAGCAGCUCGGUGGCGGCAGCACCACACAGCCCUCCCCUCGCUGGGAGCAUCCAGGGGUUUAAUCCAAGCUGGCACCGCUGCCCGCGGGAGGGGCGGCCCCGGGCUGGAGCCCCCACACCCCCCCGGCCCUGACCUACAUAGCGGGAUGCGGCCACCUGAGCGGCCCCGAGCCACCCGCGCCAGCUGCUGCGUGCAGGGACAGCAGCCUGGCCUCCAUAUCUCCUCAGGGCUCAGUUUGGGAGAAAUAAGGGAGAAAGGGGUUUUCUUGCUGCCGGCCCCAGGGAGGUGCUCAGGGUGCCGUUGGGUUCUGGGUUGCAGGCUCUGCCCCAUCCUAACCCCACGCCAAUGGGAUGGUGCCAGUGUCUUUCUUGCUGGUGGCAUCUCCUGGGCUGCAUUUCACACCUCUGUGAAUGGGGACACGAGCCUCAGGGUGCUCAUCCCUGCUGUCACCGCUCUGCAGAGCCCUCCUACAGAGCAGAGAGAGGGAAAACAAGUGGGGAAUGAGGGAAGGGGAUAGAAAAGGGAAAGCUGACAAACAGGAGAGGAAAGGCAGCGAUGGAGAUAACCGCGGGACAGAUAAUGCCGAGCACAGAGGGGAAAUAUCGUAGGAGGGCCGAUGGCAGGGAGACAGAUUGAGGAGAGGUGGGAGAGGGGGAGCGGGGACAGAGUGCAGCGGGGCCUGGGGGUGGCAGUGGUGGCAGUGGGGUCCCCGCUGUGUUGGGAUGACCCGAAGUUGAGCAGCAUCUCCAUGGCCCCACUGCCGACCCCCACUGCUCCCAGCAGAGCCGCUGGCGGACAGGACGGGCACUGAAGGACUGCGGGGCUGCGCCUCCCGCACCGCACGAAGCCCUUCCUGCAGAGGAUCCUCUCCCCAUCCCGCCCUCCCCGCCUUCCCUCCAUGCCACGUGGAUUCCCCGCGGCACACGAAAACAAGCGAAGACGUUUUCUUUUGUCUCCGCUGCUGCUCGGCCGCGUGUCUGCGGCUCUACGCCACCUUGGCCUCCUCCCCUCCAUUCACAAUUUCCUUCUCAUUCCCGUGGUGAGAGAAUAGAGGCAAACCUUUCUUUUCUUCCUUCCUUCCUUUCUUUUUCUUUCUGUCCUUCUUCUUUCUGUCUCUCUCUUUCUCUUCUGUUCCUUCCUCCCUUCCUUCCUUCCUCCCUUCCUCCUCUCUCUCCGUUCCUUCCUUUCUUCCUUCUCUCUUUCUCUCUUUCUUUAUUUUUUUUAAUUUAAAGCAAUUGCAACUUAAAUAAAAUCAGCAUCCAGGAGGUGUGAAGAGACAGAAGGUGACGCGGAGCUGCCCCAGUGCCGGCUCUGGCCGUGGGUUUGGCCGUGGCUGAGGAUCCCCAGGCACAGCGCCCACCUGGGCUCAGUGCUCCUCAUUAUCCCUCCGAGCUCCCGUACCCAUUUAUGCUACUUCUGUGCAAAAAGAAAUCAGUGAUGGAUGUGCCGGGAAGGGCUCAGCACCGGGGGGAGAGAGGGGAAGAAGGGGGGAGGUUGGAGAGAGCUUAAAAAUUACAGUGGGAAUUAGCAGGAGUCUAAACUGUUGUUUGCGCUGCCCAUUAGCAUCUGCCUAUUUAUCUGUCACCAGAUCCUCGUGGCAUCCAUCCAUCCAUCUGGGUCCUUGUCAGUCUGUCUGCCUACCUAAUUAUCCAUUAGCAUGGCAAAGCCCCAUGACAGCGGUCCUGGCGAGUCAGACACGAGACCACCUCAUCUGCCCUCCGCCGUCGCCCGGAUCCGUUUAUGAGCAUGACACUGCCAAAAUUGGGCUCAGAACGGCCCCAGCAGUGCUGCUUGGGGAGAUGCAGAGCAGGGUUGGUCCGUGGGGUGUUACUGUGUGCGACGUGUGCUCACACACCAACGUGCUGUGUGUGUGUGUGUGUGCGACACACCGCGUGCUUUCGCUGCUGAUCAGUGCUCCAUCUUGGUUAGAUGAGAGGAAAUCAGAGCCAGUGUGCUGCUGUGGCUGCGAUGGGCACGGCGUUGGUGCAGUGGGUGCUGUGAUGGGCACUGUGUUGGUUCCAUGGGCACUGUGUUGGUUCCAUGGGCACUGUGUUGGUGCAGCGGUCACUGUGAUGCGCAAUGUGUUGGUGCAAUGGACAAUGUGUUGGUGUAAUGGUCACUGUAUUGGUGCAGUGGAUGCUGUGUUGGUUCAGCAGUCACUGCGUUGUUGCAAUGGGUGCUGUGCUGGUUCAGUGGGCACUGUAGUGGCACAGUGGGCACUGUAGUGGUGCAAUGGGCACUGUAGUGGUGCAGUGGGCACUGCGGUGGUGCAGUGGUCACCGUAGUGGUGCAAUGGGCACUGGCAGUACCCCACCGUGCGUCCAGCAGCUCCAGUGCCGUUGGCUCUUUGUGCCCGUGCCGCCGCGUGGGUUUCUUUGUUCAGGCAGCAGCGGUGGGCAGGUUCCCCCUCCCCGCCUGCCCACGGCCCCGCUCAGCCCGAGGAGCAAAUCAGCGGCGUUUGCAUAUUCAGAGCAGGUGGGGGCCCAUAUGCCUAAGAUGCACCAGACAAAAUUAGCCACCAUAAUCAUAAUCAACUGUGCCGUUGUGCUGGGGGAAGGGAGAGGCUGGCAGACAAGCCUGAUAAUUAUGAAGCUCAGCAUGUGCGCAGCGGUUUUGCAACAAUUAUGCCUAGCUCAGCAAGCCGGCAAUGAUGCUUGUUACAACAACCCUCAAUCUCCAGCCCGCCCUCCGGUCGUGCGCUCCCGGGAGGGCUGCGCUGCACCGGAGGUGCCGCCCGUGAUGGGGAAGGGGACACGAGGAUGGGGAUGGGAACACGAGGACAGCGUGGGGUGGUGGCUGGACCCCAUCCUGCUGCCCUGCCCGCCUGGCCAAGCCGUGGCAUUUGGAGGAACCAUCCUGCCCAGCAGCUCGCUGCUUGGAGAGCAUUGCAACCCCUCUGCAUAAAGGAGCUCUGGAGCUCCACUUGCACCAAAGGGGUUUAUUUUUGCCUCCCAGGACUUCUUCCCUUUCCCACCCUCCUCCUCUCGCUCUCUGCAGCUCGGCGGUGGCAGGAGGUGACACUCCAGAUCCAUCCCCAGCCCGGUGCUGGCGGGGCGGUGUCACGCAGCAUUUCCCUGAACGAGCCCUGGGGAAGGGAACGGCACGAGAUGCUCCAUGGCGCAGUGAGGAGCAGCCCCUGCUCUGUGUCCUUGGGAAGCAGUGGUGGCAGGAUGCAGCCAGCAGAGGAGAGGGGAAAUAAAGUGGUUUCCUCUUUUAAAUACACUGGGAGCUGCCCCAGCUCAGGCCAGCUGGACUCAGGGGUGGUGCUGGGCUGCAUCCUGCUUGCGCUUCCCUGGGUGCAGUGGGGAUGGAGGCACCGACGCUGCAGCCAUUCCCUAUGGGUGAGGUUGGCUUCCUCGCAGAGGGCACAGUACUCUCUUGAAAUGGUGUUGUUGCCAGCUGCAAUCUGGGCUUUUCAACCUGAAUUUGGGGUUUGCAGCACAACCCAUCACCUCACACAGCUGCAGCAAUGUGGGGUUGGCCGGACAGGAGCUCAGCACGUGUGGAAACCACGGCUGUGCUCUCCCCAGCAUCUCUCCUCCUCCACUCACCUCCUGCAUGAGAGGGAGGAUCCUUCUCCAGGUGCGGUUAUGGGGAUCAUGCAGCCCAACAGGAGAGAUUUGUCCAUGCACCCUCAGCAUCCCAGGAGCAUUUCUGCCCAUUACCUCCCAGUUUGUUGGACAGAAAGAUGCUUCAAACCAGCACAGAAGCGCCCUCAGCACAGGAGAUGGCUCCGCUCUGCACUGGCAAUCAGAUGGGCUCUGCUUUGCUCCAGAUGAGAUGGCAGCAGAGCUGCAAGAGGGACUGUUUGGUUCAUUUAUCCCAUGGAUGGCACAGAGUUGGUCCCAGGGCACUUCUCAAAAUCCCACACGUCCGCCCUGUGGGCAUUCCCGACAUCCCUGCAGCCCCAGGAGCACACAGAGGUUUGCACAGACGUGCCGAGGUCCGACUGCAUCUCCCCAUCCUUUGGGACAGGCUGCACUUUGCUGAUGUAAAAGGAUUUCGAGGCAGAUGUUCCGAUGUCUGCUGCCAUUGGGGCAGGCAGGGCGCAGGGUUUGGGGAUCAAAUGGGACAACGCAAAGGGCACAGACACACGGUGGCUGCACUUUGUGCACAGCGCCAGCUGUGUGUUGUCCCCAGGAUGGAGGAGGAUUUGGGGCACCCGGGUGGCACCCGGACUGCUCUGCCCCUCCGCUUUGGCUUUCAUGGAUGGAGGAAUUAUUGGAGGAAAGUGCAGCAAAAUAACUCAGAAAUGUGUAUUUUUUUUCUGCCUUCCCCACUCCCAAAGCUGCUGCUGGGAGCAGAGUGGCUCUGCAAGACCUGGGGGAAGCAAAGCAUUCCCCCACCUGUUUGCUUUUUCUUUUAAGCAACAGCUGAAGAGCAGCAACUUGCCGGACUAUAAAUUCCCGAAUUCCCCUGAUCCUGAGCACAGCUUUUAUUCAGAUGCAGGCAGCAGAGUGGGGGAGAAGGUGACCACCGGCUCCAUAAAUAUUAUAUGGGGCGACGGCGCUGCGCGGGGGCCGUGGGCGCAGACAAAGCGCGCAUUGAGCCGCUGGCCCAGCUGCUGCGGGCGGCCGGGAUGGGGGUCAAGGUCAGAGGUGGCCCUGUGCACAUUAUCCCCCCCCAGCCCCUUUCCCCGUGUCCAUAACAUAAAGUGGAGCGGCUGCUGCCGGCUGUCCCAGCGGGGCCGUGCAGGAGGGGAAACUGAGGCACCGCGCAACGACGCACCGGUGCUUUAAUCUCCCGGGGACCCUUUGGGUGGCCCUGUUUAAGCCUCCCUUCGCUGCGGGUUUCUCCAUGGGGGGGGACCACGGAGGGCUUUGGGGUGCUCCAAGCGCAGCCGAACCCAUCCAGGUUCACUCCUGCCGCUGUGCAAACUUGGAUUUUAGAAUAUUUGCCUCCCUUUCAGGCAAUCUCUUAGCAACGCCUGUUUCCAUGGCAAAGAGUGGAGAACCUCGGCGCUGAUGCUGAGCUUUGCUUCAAACUCCCGUUCUGAUCGUGCUCCAGGUCCCUGCACAGGGACGGAGCCGGGACCGUCGGCAGUGCCUGUCCUGCACUGGGCACACGGAGACCUGAGCACCGGCAGCUCCUGCAGGAAGGGGAUGGGGAGUUCAACCCCAUCACUGUGAGCCCCACGCUGGGGAAGGGUCAUGGGGCGUCUCCAAGCCUUAAUGAGAGCAAAUGAGGUGCAGUUAUAGCGGUUGGGGCAGCCGACCUUUGGAGAUCAUCCCUUCCAACCAAACCAUUGAACAGGGCUUUGCUGACGGCAUCCCACAGACACAGUGCUGGAUCUCCCUCAGGUGACCCAUGGGGAUGAGGACACAGCUGAGGACACCACUGUGCGCCCCGGGGAAGGACUUUUUGCAGCACAGCCACCACAAGGCACAGCUCUCGGUGAUGUGAGAGGACGCCGUGUGGUUUGGAUGGCCAAGAAGGGCUGGAGGAGAGCCCAGGAAUUGCCUGAAAUGUGGGCAGGGUCCGGGCAGGUCCCCUCCCUGUCCCCAGGGUAUGGGCUCACUCCAUCCCAUCGCUGGACCACGGCUGGUCCUGGGGCACAGAGCUGCUACCACUGAGCCCAAGGCACCGGGGGACAAGGCCUGCAGCAAAAGGAGGUGAAAAGGAAAAACAGCAAGAAGUGUAUUAAAGGUGUUGAAAGCCUACGGCAGCGUCACA